AUGUCCGAGUCUCAACUACUCAAGCCAUCUGAAAUUAAGGCAAACGUUCCAAAGCUCAAGAACCAUGGGAACUUCCAUCAAUGGAACCUCAAGCUCAAGUCGCAGCUACGUAUCUGCGGCAUUGUCAACUAUCUCCAUGAGGAGACACGCCCCGUUGAGCCUCAUCGCGUUACAAACGUCAGCAACCUAGCGAACUCCCUCAAGGCCGCUCUUGCAUGCCAUGAAGAUGAAAUCGACGCCGAGUCUCCGCCCAAGGUCCUCGACUUCAAGGACAACGAAUCCUCCGAGCCCAUCGGCGUGCGCAUGCUGUCUACCGACGAACUGCGCCAGUGGCAGUAUUGGGCAACCCGAGAAUCGCGCACACGUUCUGCUCUCGAAGAUACGCUCGAUGACUCUAUCGCUCCGCUCUACAACUAUCACAAGAGCGCACACGAAAUGUACGCCGCCAUCUGUGACGUCUAUCGUCCCAUGGACGACACCCAGCUUGCAGACCAGUACAUCCGUCAGCUCAACGCCCUCAAGCUCAAGAAGGACUGCAAGAGCAAGGAUUUACUCAAGCAUCUUACGGCUUUCAACGAGCUCAACUCCAAGAUCAUUACGUACGGGACAUGCCUUUCCGACGCCGAGCUCGUACGACUAUUCACAGGAAGCCUCACCGUUACCGAACGCCUCCACGUUGGAACUGCAGUAAACGCCAACACAGAACGCACUUUCAAGGUGUGGCAACGUGAAUUCGCAAAUUACGUUUGUCUUCUACAGCUCGACGAGCCCGUCAUCACCAAAUCCACAGGAUCGAGUCUUAUCUCAGCCACAAUUGAUACGUCUCAGUCUGCCAAACCCGCUCGAAGCGACCGCAACCGCCGCGGUCGAGGAAAUUCAACUGCAACCUUCAACCGAAAUACUGCGGGAGGUAGCGGUGACCGCAAAACGGCUCCCAGGACGUACAACGAAGACCAGAUCAAGCAAAUGGAAGCAAACGGAAACUGGUGCAAGAUUCAUGAACGUUCAGGGCAUAGUACCAAGGACUGCGGUGCACUCAAGUUUUCCUCCAAGAUCCUCGAGUAUUCGAAGCUCGAACCACGCGACAACAUGUCUACGUCGUCACCGAAGAACAAAACCGGCCCCAACGGCAAAGUUGGGCUCUCCGCUGCAAUUUGCGCAUCCACCACAUCGACAAAUCCUUUCCAGGAUCCCACGAUUCUACGUUUCCUCGUUGACAACGGUUCGGACAUCCACCUCGCAGGCUCUGUCAAACACCUCAUCAACGUGCGCAAGCUCAGUGAGCCGAAGCGAGUUGGUCUCGGUUUCACCAACAAUUUCAUCACAAUCACGCAUAUUGGUGACAUGCCGCUCAAGCUCGAGCAUGGUACUGUCACAUUCCAUGACGUACACGUCUCCAGCGACACGUACGGUCGCAUUCUAUCGCAGAGACAGCUCGUCGAAGAAGGAUGGACCGUCGACACUGAUGACGGCAUGUACAUGAAGAACAAAAUUGCACAUCUCACACUUGAGAAACUCCCAGCGCAUCUGCGCCACACUUUCCUCUCAUUCGAUGUCGACACAGACGUCGCCGAUGGCACGACGACGGAGGAGAAGGAAGAAGAAGACGAAAACGAUAACGUCAUCAUGUCUCACGUCACCGCCACAUCCACUGCCACAAUCGCUGCCACAGUUGCACCUAUAACGCUCACACGUCCAGAUGGCAUCAAGCUCGUCGACAUUCAUUAUCGUCUAGGCCACCUCUCGCGCACCAAAAUGCUCGAGCUCAUCAACAAAGGCCUUGUCGACGGCGUCACCAAAGAGGACGUCAAAGAUGACAAGUGGAAGACCAUCGAUUGUCCGCACUGCGCACCGUUCAAGACAGCAGCUCUCCCCCGAACAGGCCCAUCUCCUCGCGGAAACGCAUGGGGCGAGAUGGUACACUGUGAUAUCAAAGGGCCCAUCAAUCCCGUCAGUUUCGAUGACCAGAAGUACCUCUGUUCUAUCAUCAGCGACGUUGCCCGUCAUCGUGAGUUCCACCCGAUAAAAACAAAGGCUAUGGCAGGACCAAUCCUACGACAAUAUAUCAAAGUCCUGCAGACCAUGACAGGUCUUACGGUCAAGAUUGUUCGCACCGACGGAGGAGGAGAAUUCAAUUCCCUCGAAAUGCGUCGUUUCUAUGCCGACAUGGGAAUUCAACACCACGUCUCACCACCAGGUGACCCAGCGCUCAACGGUCCCAUUGAACGCUUCAAUCGCACUGCCGCCGAACACCAGACGGCAAUCCUCAAUGCCUCCAACAUGGACACCAAAUACUGGUUGUACAGCGCAGUUUACACGUCAAACAUCCUCAAUAUGACAACGUUUCUUGACGACGGAUGUACUGCAUACGAAGCGUUCAACGGGCGGCCGCCGAACCUCGCCAAUAUCCGCCCGUUCGGCGAACGUGUGCACGUCCGAAUGCGCCUGCUCAAAAAGGAUGAUGAUAAUUUCACGUUCGAACGAGUUCGAUCGCUACCAGGACGUGUUCUAGCUCGAGAACCUCGUUUCAGCGCCUGGUGGGUGUUGCUCAACAACGACACAGUUACCCUAGGCCGAGACCUCUACCAAUUCAAUCCAGUGGAUCGCUCGCAACCUAUGGUACCAUUUCCAGAUGAUUACCAUGACACACAGUCGGACCCAGACGUCGACCUCACCGGUAUCACAGGCGACAACGCAAAUGAAGACACCAUCGAGGACGAGGAGGAGCGAGUCAUACAGAUCCGACAACAAAUCGAACAUGUGCGACCGGAACAGGAACAACAGCGUGCAGAAGACUCUGCAGGCACCACAUCCCUCGACAACAACAUCGCCACAUUUGUCGUUCUCGACGCUUUCCGAGACGAGGAAGGAGACUACAGCAUCGUCACUUUCGAAGAGCUCGGCGUCAACAAUGUCGAUGACAUCAUCGCGACCGUGCGCCCGAUCUCCGACGCCGACGCCGACGCUGACGACAACCUUGAACCUGUCUCCGUCGCCGAAGCCAUGGCGGGUCCCGACGCCGAGAAGUGGCGUGACGCCAUGCGCCGUGAGAUUGAACAGUUCAACAACAAGAAUACCUGGGUCGAAACGACACUUCCAGACGGGCGUCGCGCCAUCACCGCCAAGUGGGUGUUCAAGCGCAAGCGCGACGCCGACGGCAACAUCACCAAGUUCAAAGCACGUCUAGUAGCCCGUGGGUUCACGCAAAUCCACGGCGUCGACUAUGAUGAGACUUACGCACCUGUCGCCCGCAUGAGCAGCCUACGCCUGCUAUUCACCAUAGCAGCCGUCUACAAUCUCGAGCUAGGGCAAAUCGACGUCGAAGGAGCAUACCUCAACGGCGUCAUCGAAGAGGAAAUCUACCUCAACACACCACCCGGUGUACGGCUUUCAGACCCGAAUGCAGACGUCUUUCGCAUCACCGGAUCCCUGUACGGGCUCAAGCAGUCCGGACGAGUCUGGUGGAUCGAACUGAACACCCGUCUCACCGCCAUGGGCUUCCAACGCUGCCCAGACGAGUGGGGGCUCUAUUGCCGCAACAACAACGGCACACGAGCUUACAUUUCUGCAUAUGUUGAUGACAUCAUCUGUGCCACAAGCACCAAAGAAGAAUUCAACGACAUCAAAACGGCAAUGCGCAAUCACUGGACCAUCACCGACUUAGGUGAGCCGCAGUACAUCCUCGGCGUGCGCGUCGACCGCGAUCGUCUACUGCGCACCAUCACACUAUCGCAACCUACUUACGUUGAAAACGUUUCCGAACGUUUCAACAUUUCCACUCGCGGCGCAGGCCGCAACGCACCUCUUCCCGUCAGCAGCAAGACGUACGGGGAGCUCCUUACCGACGCCGACACUACCGACGAACUCACGGCAGAACGUCGCACGUACUACCAAGAAAUUGUCGGCACCAUCCAGUGGAUAGCCGGCGCCACACGCCCUGAUAUGGCGUUUUCCGCCGGUUUCCUUGGGCGUGCAAGCAACGCACCCACGGAACGUACACUCGCACUUGCCGAACGCGCGUUAAGCUACCUCGCUCACACCAAGACGACCGGUAUCACUCUCGGCGGCAAAACAACGCCGCUCGAAGUGUACGCCGACGCCGAUCACGCCUCAUGUCUUCAAACCCGUCGUUCAACCACCGGAAUCGUCACCUACUUCCACGACUCCCCCGUCACCUGGUCCUCACGCCGUCAGGCCACCGUCUCACAGUCCAGCGCCGAAGCCGAAUUCAUCGCCGCCUCCGAGGGCGCACGUGAGGCGAUCUGGUUACGCCGAGUUCUAGAUCAUCUAGGAUUUCCGCAACAAGGUCCGACACCGCUCUACAUCGACAACGAAGCCGCCAUCAAGCUCGGAGAUCGCCCCACGGCAUUCCCACUCAAUAAGCACAUCGAUAUUCGCAAACACAUGCUGCGGGAAUACGUUUCCGAGCGAUACAUCAAGCUCCGCUUCAUCAAGACUUCCAAGCAGCGCGCCGACGUUCUAACUAAGCCUCUUGCAGGGCCUAGCCACCAACUUGCGCGCACCCAUCUACGUCUCACACAAAUACUGUAA